AUGAUAGUUGAGCUGGAGAAACAAAGUUAUUGUGAUCUUAAAAUUGCAAACAAAACAGAAAAGUAUGUUGCCUUCAAGGUCAAAACUACUUCACCAAAGAAAUACUUUGUUCGACCAAAGACUGGAGUUAUACAGCCAUGGGACUCGUCUGUUAUAAGAGGUCCUACUCUUCCACUUGCCAAGCUUUUGGGUUCUGAUGUUCAUGUCACCCUACGACCCCAGGAGGAAUACCCUCCAGGUAUGCAGUGUAAGGAUAAAUUUCUACUACAGUGUACAAUUGUAACUCCACAGGCAGAAGUUGAUGAUCUUUCAGCAGAUACUUUCAAUAAAGACAGUGGGAAAACAAUAGAAGAAUGCGAGCUUCGGGUUGUCUAUGUCUCUUCCCAAGCAGCUGUUGGAAAUACAGAAGACCGAAGUUUUCAUAACAACUCUAUUCACAGUGUCACAAGUUUUGAUGACAAUCAAGCGAUCCGCCAGCUCGAGGAUGAAAGGGAUGCAGCUGUGCAGCAGACGCAGCGUCUGAUGCAGGAACUGGCAAGACAGAUGCAAAUUGUAACAAAAGAACACGCUCAUCUUACUUAA